GUGUGUGUGUGUGUGUGUGUGUGUGUGUUCCCCCGCCGCUCACGUGAUCGGGGUGACUCGGCGCUCACGUGACCGCGCGCCAGGGCCGUGCCGGAGCCGGGCCCGCACUCGCCAUGGGCUGCUGCUACAGCAGCGAAGCUGAGGCCUCCGACCAGGAGGAAGAGACAAAGCGGCUGCUGGAGCCCGCAGCCAGCCCACCCAACAAGGUGCUGAAUGGAGCGGAGCAGAGCUACCACAACCUCCCGUCAGCACGCACUGAUGAGCAGGCCAUGCUGUCCUCCAUCCUCGCCAAAACAGCCAUCAACAUCAUCGACGUGUCAGCCGCGGAUUCCCAGGGCAUGGAGCAGCAUGAGUACAUGGACAGAGCCAGGCAGUACAGCACACGCCUGGCCAUGCUCAGCAACAACCUGACGCACUGGAAGAAGCUCCCACUGCUGCCAUCUCUGACUAACCAACCACACCAAGUGCUCGCCAGCGAUCCUGUCCCCUUUGCAGACCUGCAGCAGGUGUCCCGGAUAGCUGCCUACGCCUCCAGUGCGCUCUCACAGAUCCGUGUCGACGCCAAAGAAGAACUGGUUGUACAGUUUGGCAUUCCCUGAAUCUGCCCCCACCACCGCUCAUUCACCGCUUUGGGUUGUUUUUAUUUGUUCCCCAUUUUUUUUCUCUUUAUAUCCCUUCUCUCCCCAUGCUGCUGCCACAGAACUUGGACAGAUACCCUGUUUCCUACUAAAUGCCAAGGCGCCCAUCAUUGGCACGUCGAGCCCACCUGCAUUGCUUGAGGCUUUCUCUUCCUCGUGGGUGGGUGUGCAUGGGGAGGAGGCUGUGUCAGCUGGACACUGCCUUGCACAGGGAUGGGCACAAAGGGAACAGCAAGCAGGUCCUUGUGGUGCUGGGUCAGCACCGUUUGCCAGGUCACCAGGAUGGGUGGGCUGGAGCCAGGAAGAUGUGAUGCUCUGCGUGGGGCCUGGUGGCUCCAACACCAUCCCUUCUCCUUUUUACAUGUUUAGACCUUUAUUUUGGUGGUUUGUUUUUGUUUUUUUUUUUAAUUACUAUUAUUUUUUGCCACAGUAGAUAAAGCCACGUUCAUCCAAGUGCCUGUCUCCACUGUUCUCUGUCGGACACAGCAUGGAUGUGAUGGAGGAGCCAUGCCCUGGUGGGGGGUACACACAUCUGUCUGUCCCUUGUCACCUCUUUGAUCAUGUCCCACAGGGCCAAGAGGACAAGGGGACAGGGAAUGUAUGACGACCUACCUUUAAGGGGAAGGAAGCACGUAAGAUUCAUAAAUGCUCGUUAUCGAAAGGAAUGUCAAAAGCCAGAGGGUUUGCAAAUAAUCAGAAAAGUUUUAUUAGUAAAUUACACACUUGGCAUGGAAAUUGCAGGGUACCUUUCUAAGGAUAGGUUUCCCCAUCCUGAAGAUGGAUUUCUCAUUUUCUAUGCAAAUUAGAUAUCAUGCACAGUCUGUUCCUUCAGGUCUUCCUGGAAAUGGGUCAGAGGGGUUUAGGGAUCAUUGGUGGUCUUAAUCCCACCCUAUAGUCCGUGCCCACAUCCUGCCACUCAUUCCUGUGCUUAUGCUGUACUGUUCUGUGCUUAUCAGCAGGAACUACAGGGAUGUUUUUCCAGUGCUGCCCUAUCUCACCUUGCCCCCCUUCUUCAGCCACAUCUUGUUCUUUCUCAUGGCGUGUUAAUAUCAAGUCCUUGCCUAUUACCAAGAGUCCUUGCUUGACUCCACAGCCAUCCAAUUAUCUAUGUUUGAGACAUACACACUAGCUCUAUUAUGUUCUGGGAAUAGAAUGCUCAGUAAGACUUACUUUGGACUGCAGUUUAUAGGGUUUAUAGAGUGAGCUUCAGUGUGCAUUAGCCCUUUAUAAUUGAGAGCUCUAAGGGUCUCACUUUGGAUUCCUGUCUAGAAGGUUACAAGACAGUGGGUUUUAGUCAUUAUAAUUUUUCAUCCAGGCCACAAUUUGAGUUGUUUGAAGGUUCAACAACAAAAAUACUAUUUCGCUUGGGUUGCUACUCUGGCAAGAAAAAUCAGUUCCCAAGUAUUUUCAUUAAAAAUCAGAUACUUGA